GCCAACUCUUUUAUAGAGUACUCACUUUUUCUCCAAAAGUGCACCGAAGCUUUGGCUUGUUCUGUUCCUUUCCCGAAAUAAAUAUCACCACCAUGGCCAAGGCGAAGGACACAUCCUCAUCGGUUCUUCCUCCGAGGAGACGAAGUCAACGAAGCUGUGUUGUUGCCGAUCGUGCCAAGAGAGACUGUCAAGCCAAGCGAACACAACGACAGAUGAUUGCCAAUGCCAAAAAGAGCGACGGGGAGUACCAAAAGCGAUUGACCAAGUUUCUGGACGCUCAAGCCACAAAGCGAAAAACAUAUUACACCAGCGCCAAGGCAUCCAGGCUCAUUGUGUAUCCAGAAUUAAACAUCGAGGGAGACUGUACACCACCCAAAACGAAAACAUUUCAACUUCAAAGACGCGACAAGACUCCUCCAGGCAAUGAUACUACAAAGUGGAGACCGCAUCUUCCCAAGGUACCCCAGGCAGAUACACCAUGGACCCCAGAGCCUACUCCUCCAAAAAACAAAAUGAAUCCACUAAUAACUUCAACGAAACACAAAUGCGGUAUGGUGGUGCCAGACAUUGUCGGUUGCCAUCGUCAACCAUACAUUGUACGAGUGUGCCUUUCCUUGACAGACCACACACAAACGGCUCAUUGAUACGGUCUCCUCAACGAACUCAAUUCAUGGGAGAAGAAGCAGGUGGUCAAAAUCAAAAGGGCGUUCCGUCAGGACGUGGAUGGGCUGUCGGUCGAUGAGGGCAAAUAAUAUAUUCCUGCUAUCCACUACAGUAACUAAAUGACAAAGUCGAGUUUCCAGUACCAUACAAGAUAGAUAUCCA